CGCUCUACAUUAUCCCUCUACUUUAUCAACCGAAUAAAGGAUAGAUAUAUAGAUAGAGCACAUAACACAGCAACCCAGAGAGAGUGAGUGAGAAACAUCGGCACCAACAAUGGCUUUGCUUUGUGGUUCACCAUCCGUCACGUUCCCUUCAUCUACAUUCCCUCAUCACAACAAUUCAACAACUAAAUUUUCCUUUGUUACUUCCCAAUUCCCACUUUCAAACCUUUCAUUUUCUUCAAUUCGUACCCAUUUCUCUCCAUCUUUCAUUGUUCGUUCUCAGCAGGACACUUCAUUGGUUGAAGAAGAUCCACGGUUCAUCUGUCUUGAACCUGAGCCCCGAUUUCAAGGCCCGGACAUUUGGAACACAACCUGGUAUCCAAAAGCUUCCGAUCAUGUCAAUACAGAGAAAACAUGGUAUAUUGUUGAUGCUACAGAUAAAAUUCUUGGAAGACUGGCAUCAACCAUUGCUAAUCACAUCCGAGGCAAAAAUCUAGUGACUUAUACACCCAGUGUGGAUAUGGGUGCAUUUGUAAUUGUGAUAAAUGCAGAAAAGGUUGCUGUAAGCGGGAAAAAGAGGACCCAAAAGCUUUAUCGGAGGCACUCAGGUCGACCUGGUGGUAUGACAAUCGAGACAUUUGACCAGCUGCAGAACAGAAUUCCUGAAAGAAUUAUUGAACACGCUGUUCGUGGCAUGCUUCCCAAAGGGAGGCUUGGCAGGACUCUAUUCACACGUCUGAAGGUUUAUAGCGGCCCAGAUCAUCCACACGAAGCACAGCAGCCCAUUGAUUUGCCGAUUAGGGAUAAGAGAAUACAGUUGCAGAGCUGAAGUCAUAGGUGUUGCAUAGAGCAUGGAAUGAAAUACAGAGUAUAUGACAAAUAUUGGUCAUUCAUAUCCAUUUUCAAUGAACUUCAAACUUUUUGCUAUAGCUGCUACUUUUAAUGUAUCUCAUUUGAUGUUUAUAAUGUCUGUAGAGGUAUCUCAUUACUGUAUUGUAUUGUUUAUAUCCAAAGAUCUUUGUCUAAUUUUUGUAUGAACUUAUAUUUUUGUACCUUUGAAUA